UCGUGACCGAGUCACGUGACGGCCCGCAUCGUGACGCCGUGUCAGCUGACUGCAGAGGAACCGUGUACCGUCUGUCGACCUUCGCGGCUCCGUGAUUCUCCGUGAUUCUCCGUGAUUCUCCGUGAUUCUCCGGUUGUGUCCGCGGUGUCCCCCCCGCCAUGGCGAGCCAGUCUCAGGGCAUCCAGCAGCUGCUGCAGGCCGAGAAGAGAGCGGCCGAGAAGGUGGCGGAGGCCCGGAAACGUAAGAACCGGCGUCUGAAGCAGGCCAAGGAGGAGGCUCAGGCGGAGAUCGAGCAGUACCGCCUCCAGAGGGAGAAGGAGUUCAAGACCAAGGAGGCCGCCGCUCUGGGUUCCCAUGGCAACAGCGCGGUGGAAGUGGACCGGGACACGGCGGAGCGCAUGGCUCGCAUCCAGGACAGUUACCGUAGCAACCGGGAAGCCGUGCUGGGCGAGCUGCUGCGGCGCGUCUGUGACAUCCAACCGGAGUUUCACGCCAACUAUCGGGUGGCUGGCUAAGUGGGAGGAGCUUAGCGUAGCAGCGGUGCCCUUGUUAUUUUAUUUUGAAAGUGUUGAUGUUCCUGCGUGCUCCCACCUCACACCUGGUCACCUGUGCUGAUGUUUACAGUAUUUAUACAUGAAAACAUGGAUGUUUAGUUCCAUCAGAACCAAAGCCGAUCCGGCAUCACCAAACCAGCCCGAUGUCUCGCUGCUUCGUCUAACCGAUGGGCUGGAAAAAAAUGAAUUCUUUUUGUUGUGAAAUUCUGCUUCGAUGGUUUGUUGUAGUGGCUUCCUGUCUGUGACUUUGUACUUCCUGUUGUGUGAAAAGUGUUGAACAGAUUAAAGUGAUCAAUGAUUGGCUGAAACUCUA